AUGUUCAGUAUUCACAACAGCGGCAAAGUGAAGUGGAGUAUGACAAUGUAUUGGAAGUUGCUGAGAAUAGCUCCGAAUCAAAUGUUCCAGCUUUUGGAGAAUGUUCCGAGUCACAUUUUUCAGUUGCUGGAGAGUGCUCUGAGUCACAAGUUUCUGUGGCUGGAGUGUGUUCCAAAUCACAUGCUACUGUUGAUACCACGUCUGCUGAGGCUGCUAGUACAUCAACGGACGAAUGAAAGAAUCUAUUUUUCUAACAAGAUUCAUUGCGUGCUUGUGGAGUAA